GUCACCAUGCUGUCCCGCUCUCUGUCCGUCGCCCAGGGCAUCGUUGCCUCGACUGGUCGUCGCGCCGCCCUGUCGGCCGCCCAGUUCCACACUUCCCAGACCCCGGCCGCCAUUGUGCCCUACCUGCUGACCGAUGUCGGCGAGGGUAUCGUCGAGUGCGAGGUCCUCAACUGGCACAUCAAGGAGGGCGACUUCGUCAACGAGUUCGACCCCAUCUGCGAGGUCCAGUCUGACAAGGCCGCUGUCGAGAUCACCAGCCGCUACACCGGUACCGUCAAGCGUCUGAUGUACAACACCGGCGACAUGGCUCGUGUCGGCCACCCGCUCGUGGAGAUCGACGUCCCGGAGACUGGUGGUGCCGCUGCCUCUGCUGCCGCCCCCGCCGCUGCCGCUGCCCCGGCCGCCGCCUUCACCGCCACCUCCGUCGCCGAGGCUGUGCAGUCCAUCUCCGCCACCCCUGGUGCCGUGGCCGCCUUCGCUCUGGCCACCCCGGCUGUUCGCCGCAUUGCCCGCGAGCACAACAUCGAUAUCCGCAUGGUCCCCGGCACCGGCAACAAUGGUCGCGUUCUGAAGUCCGAUAUUCUGGCCUUCGUUUCUGGUGGCGCCCCGGCCGCCGCCGCCGCCCCGGUCGCCGCCGCUGCCCCGGCUGCUCCGGCUGCCCCGGUCACCCCGGCUGCCCCGCCCAAGCCGGUUGCCGGCGACGAGCUCCGCCCCAUCCGCGGCUACCAGCGCGCCAUGGUCAAGAGCAUGAACGAGUCUUGGAGCAAGGUCCCUCACUUCGGCUACUGCGACGAGCUCAUCCUCAACGACCUGUCCGCUCUUCGCAAGGCCCUCUCCCCGAUCGCCGCCUCUCGUGGCGUGGAGAAGCUCACCUACAUGCCCUUCUUCAUCAAGGCCGCCUCGCUGGCUCUGCGUGACUAUCCCACCCUCAACAGCUCGGUCUCCGCCGAUGAGACCACCCUUCACAUUAAGGCUGCCCACAACAUCGGCGUUGCCAUGGACACUCCCAACGGUCUGAUUGUCCCGAACAUCAAGAACGUCCAGGACCUCUCCAUCAUCGACAUUGCCCAGGAGCUAAAGCGACUGCAUGACCUGGCCAUGCGUGGUGCUCUCGGCGCGGCGGACCUUUCUGGCGGCACCUUCACCAUUUCUAACAUCGGUGCCAUUGGCGGCACCUACAUGAAGCCGAUCGUCGUCCACCCGGAGGUGUGCAUCGGCGCCGUCGGUCGCAUUCAGAAGCUCCCCCGCUAUGCCGCCGAUGGGUCUCUCUACCCGGCUGAUGUCAUGCAGGUCUCCUGGUCCGCGGACCAUCGUGUCAUCGAUGGCGCCACCAUGGCCCGCUUCUCUCGCCGCUGGGGCGAGCUCCUCCAGACCCCGCAGUCUCUGCUCCUGGAGCUGAAGUAAAGCCCAAGGCCUUCCUCUUGCCUGCUCUCCUGCCCCUUCCUUCCCCCCACCGCGCCUUUGUGCGCGGGCACGUACACACGUGUCUUGACAUCCUGAGAGUCUGUGGCCGUUCGCGGUGGCGCGCCCCCUCCCUCCGAUCCCCUCUUCACCUCCCUGGAGCGGAUGUGUGACCUACUGGCUUUUCAUGCCCGCCUCUCUUCCCCUGGCCCAUCCCCCCUUCCUUUGGCCGGGGGAGAGGUGUCAUGCUCGCCUGUGUGUCGUCUUGCCACCCUUCCUCCCUUCCCCUCUCUGUACUCCCCCUUUUUUCUCCAGAUAUAAAUAGUACCAGCUCGUCUGAAACAGUGUGCCUGUUG